AUGGAGUGCAAGUCGUCUCUGAUUCUGCUUUGUCUAUCUGUAAUUUUCACUGAGGUGAUUUCAACUCAAGACAAUGGUAAGUGCUGACCAUUAAGGUUUAGCUCUAGUAUCGGGUAAUGCCAUAAUUUGCUGUAAACCACUGGCUCUUAAAGCGUUUGUCUGAGGAGCAGGUGUCAUUUUUAAUUUGGAGGAAACGUCUUUUUAAAUAUUACAUUUGGAAAGAUCAGACUUUUUAUAACAUGAAGGUGAGAUUGAAGUUAUCCUGACUGUUAUAUUUUAUUUGUAAGUUCUAUAAUAUUUGAUGCUUCCUUAUCAAACAUGAACAGUCUAUAGUUACGUCUACAUCAUAGUAUUAGUGAUUUGCUGCUGGAAAGAACUGUUCAGGGAAAAUAGUUUUAGUGAGAACUGUUUUUAUUUGUUUUGGACUGAAGGUUCGAUACACAUCAACUGUUGAAUCUGUUAUUUGUCCAUGCAGUGUGUUCUAGACCCCAGCUGUCUGACAACAUUCAGCUUGAAGGGCUCCAGAGGUACUUUCGCCCCGGUGCAGAAUUAGCCCUGUCCUGUAAACAGGGAUUCACCCCCAUUUCAGGCCCUCUGAGGAUCGUCUGUGCUGCCAGUGGACAAUGGACCAGCACCAAAUUAAAGUGCAUACGUAGGUCACUUUUAUCCUAGUGAGAACUUGUGACAGAUCAAUUAGUGCUGCAUAUUAAAGUUUUUUUUUAACCCUACGUUUCUGGUAGGGUAACCAUAUUGACAGACAUUGGUAAUAUAUUUUUCUGUUGUCUAUGAAGAAAGAUAAUGUUUUGAUAUGGUAUAUUAAAAAGCAAUUCCCGUUUGAAGAGGAAUGUUUAUCCAGCAUCUGUCUUUUCAACCAAUACUACAGUACACUACAUAAGCUAUUUGUAUUGCAAAUAUCAUUCAGUUUAAUCCGGCAAUAGUCGCCUACAGCUGAAAGAACAAUAGCAUGGCUCUCCACUUCAUGAGUACAUUGUUAUCAAAGAAAAACUGAUGUCUGAAUUUCUUUCUUUACAGCAAAACGGUGUCCUUAUCCUGAUGACUUAACUAACGGAGAGAUGUACUAUGAGGAUGUUGUGUACCAAAGCACAAUCAACUAUACUUGUAAUGAAGGGUAAAACAUCUUUCUGAAUUCUAGUAUGUGGUAUGGACUGUUUGGCCUCCCGUUGUCACUUCUCUGUCCUACAGGUCUAUCCAACAGAGGAUAUACUUGUUUAUAUAGUGCAAACUGUACAGAUUUGUCAGUGCCAGUUACAAUCAAAACAAACAGAGCUAACUGCUGAAAUCACAUUAUUGUAGACAGCUUAAACAUCAACAUGUGAGCUGAAUUUUGACUUUCUUUUUUUAUCAUAUCAGUGUAUUAAAUGUGUGUGAUCAUGACCUGACUGAUAGAUUCUGCUCAGGUACACGUUAAAUGGAGAAAGAUCUGCUGUGUGUCUUGCCAAUGGAACAUGGAGCACACCAGUGCCAGAGUGCACAGGUAUGUUAUCGAUAGCCGACAAUAAAAAGGAAAGUUGGUUGAGAUUUUUACAUUUUAAAUGUUUCAGUAUUUUAAAACACAUUGAAUACAUUAAACGGAAAUUUUCAAAAUCACUUGCAAUUUUUUGGGAAACAUAAAAAGCUGUUUAUUUUUGCAACAUAGUGCUAACAUUUUAGAUACAAAACACCUUGUUAGCUGCGAUUGUACCUGUUGAUAAAGUUAGAUUGGUUGUAGUCAUAUCACUACUGAUGGAUGCUGGGAUGUCAGUACUCCACCUGCUUUUGCCUUUCACAAGGACUGUUUCCUGCAUGCAUCAAAGCCUGCUGAUGAUAGUGUAUGCAUUCAUGGAUAUGGAGCGACACCUAAACUGUAAUUCUCUUCCUCCUCUCGUAGUUGUUACCUGUGGUCUGGCUCCGAUCCCACUGAAUGGAUUGAUAAUUUAUGACAGGAGGAUUAGAGGGAACAGCACUGAGUUUGGUGUGCAAGGGACAUACAAGUGCCGGCCUCCAUUUGUCCUUAUUGGUGAGGCAAGAGCCGAGUGCACUGUGAGUGGCAACUGGACCAAAACACCUAAAUGUCAAGGUAUGAAAGUUGGUAAACCAGGAAUUUCAAUACCGUUAUUGGAAAUGGGUAUAGACAGAAAACUUUGAGUCUGGGUUUAUAUGUCUUUACAACUCCAAUAUAUAGUGUGAAUGUAAGUGUCUCUCUUUCAGUUGUGACCUGCCCGCCUCCCGAAAACAUAGACAGAGGCUAUAUGUCGGUCGAUGAAGAGAGAGAGUAUGACUACAUGGAAACCGUCAAAUAUGGCUGUCAUGGGGACUAUGUUCUUGAGGGAAGCUCAGAGAUUGUUUGUCAGCAAAAUGGGAACUGGUCUGACAAACCAUCAUGCAAGGGUAAGAUGACCAACAAUGUGACUGUCAUCUUUGAAUAAAGAGUCUACAGAGGUGAAAGAACUAAACCCCCCUUUUUAAGGGUUUUGCUUUUCGAGGAUGGUCUUAAAAUCCCAGUUUGGGUCUUGUUUAAUCUGUCAUAUUAUUAAAAAAAAUAGAUCUGUAAUCCUACAAAUCUUCUGAUCUGUUAAUUAACUAUGAUGAGUAUUACUCCCCAAACACAAAAUCAUGUUACCAGUCAAACGAAAUACUGUGAAUACCCAUUUUUAAUGUUAUGCCCUUCCUGCAUGAUUCUACUUCUUUUGACUAUCAGCUCCUUGCAGUGUUGACAUACGGGGUGCAAGGAUCAUCUACAGAGGACGGAAAAUGUGGAUCAGAGACCUGAAUCCUAAGAAAGUCUUGCACAAUGAAAUAAUUUCCGUCUUCUGCAAAGACAAGACCAGAAAGUGUGGUUAUGCAGUGCCAACCCAGUGCAUCGAUGGACAACUCAGAAUCCCAGACUGCUUUGAAGGUAGUAGAAAUCUAAAUUACAAAGUACAUAAAAUUUUUACACAAGUUCCAGUUAGGCCUACUUGGCAACUGAAUAAUUUGCUCCUGCUGUGAUAUCAGUUGAAAUUUAAUUUUUAACAAUCCAAAGACUGGCUUUGGGAUAUGACAUGAACAAUAAAACACCCUGCUGUGAAGUAUGUGUGUUCAUACUAAAGUUAGUGCAAAACUGCAAACCUUUUCUUCAUGUGUAUGCUUUUAUUUUUAUCCUAGAGUCCAGCGCCUUUGGCCACAUCCUGCACUCAAGUUCACUUCCAUCAGAAAUCCAACAGUGUUGA